CCCAUGCCUCUCCUCAUCACCUCAAUUCCAGCGAUUACCGAAGAGGGUUAUUUUGUUCUCUCAUGUCGAUGAAGACAAUACAUAGAUGAAGCAGGUGCAUAACUAUUAACCUGCAUCUCCGGUAAAGCCGCCGCCAUGGCUCCCAAACGCUACUCCGACUUCGUCGCCUUCCACACCUCCCUCCUGAACCAAACCAACGCCCCACCACCAGCCCCCCUCCCUGGCAAACACUGGUUCUCCAACACGGUCUCAAACCCAACCCUCCGGGAAGAACGCCGGCAGGGCCUCGAAUCCUACCUCCGCGCCAUCAACGAAGCAGACGACCCCCGAUGGCGCACCUGCAGCGCCUGGCGCGCGUUCCUGAACCUCCCCAGUUCCGCCGUCGGCAACGGCAACGGCAGCGCCACGACAUCCGCCAAGCUGCAUGCGGCCAUCACGGAGCCCGGCGCGGCAGGCACCCAGAGCGCGAUCACGGACCCGACGCUGUGGCUUGACUGCUACCGCGACAUGAAAGCGCAUCUGCAUGAUGCGCGGCUGCAUCUCACAAGACGGGACCAGGAGACGACGCCGCAGAAGCAGCAUGAGAGUUCUGCGCGAGCGAAGAGCAGUCUUGUGCGCGCUGGAAGUCUGAUCGGGGCGUUGGAGGACGGGCUGAAGAAUCUUGGGGAUGCGAAUGCGGAUGCGAGGUCUUGCGCGUCUGGGAAGAGGGGUGCUUGGGGAGGAGGGAAUGCGCUGGGCGAUGGGGAGAUUCGACGGAGGAAGGACUUGCUGGUUAAUGCGAGGAAGGAGAAAAAUGGGCUGGAGGAUUUGUUGAACGCGAUGGCUGCUAAGAGUCGGAUUGAUAAUGCGGUUGCGUCGAUACAAGACAAGGAGGCGUUGGUUGGGUCUGCGAGCCGGAAGCCUGCUCGUUCGGGGAGGGUGCUGGGCAAGGAGACGGAGCGGACUCGCGAGCUGGACAAUCAGGGUGUUUUACAGUUGCAGAAGCAGACGAUGGAGGAUCAAGAUAUGAGUAUUGAGGAGUUGCGGAAGAUUGUACAACGCCAGAAAGAACUGGGGAUUGCUAUCAAUGCUGAGCUGGAGAUUCAGAAUGAGCUUCUGAAGCUCACGGAUGAAGAUACUGACAGGUUAGAAAAGAAGAUCGAAAUCGGGAAGAAGAGGGUUGGCAAAAUAUCCUAAUUUGGCGUCUCACGGGCACUUCCACUUCUACGCAGUUCUAUCCAUUAUUUCUGAACCAUUUAGAGGAGCGACUUGCAAGUUAUUUUCGGCAGUUGAGCGGUUAUCACUUUGUACUAUCUUUAAUCUACUCUGGCGGCAUCACCGUCUGAAGGCUCGUCAAAUUGGUAUCUAUUGUCAUUCUUUCCCGUCAUUGCUAGCUAA